AUGGAUAGCCUCAAGCUCGACCAUCCACAAGAAAACAACAGCAAUUCUUCCCCCAUGGAAAUGACUAGCGCUCUGGAUCCUGUGGAAUUCAGGAGGCAAGGCCACAUGAUGGUAGACUUCAUAGCAGAUUAUUACCAAAACAUAGACAAGUACCCAGUCCUAAGCCAAGUCGAUCCGGGUUAUCUCCGAAAGCGCUUGCCGGAGUCCGCCCCAGAAAACCCAGAGCCCAUUGAGACCAUCCUCCAAGAUGUGCAGGAACAUAUUGUUCCUGGCCUAACACAUUGGCAAAGUCCUAGCUUCUUUGCAUACUUUGCUUCAAAUGUUAGCAUAGCAGGGUUUCUUGGUGAAAUGCUUAGUACCGGGUUCAAUGUGGUGGGCUUCAAUUGGAUGUCAUCUCCAGCCGCAACUGAGCUAGAAAGCAUAGUCAUGGAUUGGCUUGGAAACCUGCUUAGGCUUCCCAAGUCUUUCCUUUUCUCUGGCAAUGGUGGUGGUGUAAUCCAUGGGAGCACUUGUGAGGCCAUUGUUUGCACCAUGGCAGCUUCCAGGGAUCAAAUGCUAAGCCGAAUUGGUGGAGACAACAUAGGGAAGCUAGUUGUGUAUGGAUCAGACCAAACACAUAGUGCACUUCAAAAGGCUUCCCAAAUUGUUGGAAUCAACGCGAAGAAUUUCCGGGCCAUCGAGGCUACCAGGUCAACAACAUUUGCACUAUCACCCGAAUCUUUAAAAUUGGCAAUAUCUUCAGACAUAGAAGCUGGGCUGGUGCCAUUGUUUUUAUGUGCCACCGUUGGAACAACCGCGACCACUGCGGUUGAUCCAUUAGGCCCACUAUGCGAUGUUGCGAAACAUCAUGGUAUGUGGGUUCACGUGGAUGCGGCAUAUGCAGGGAGUGCAUGCAUUUGCCCCGAGUUUCGCCAUUUCAUUGAUGGCAUUGAGGGUGUGGAUUCAUUUAGCUUCAAUGCACACAAAUGGUUCUUUACUGGACUCGAUUGUUGCUGUCUCUGGGUUAAGAAUCCAGGCUCAUUGACAAGUUCACUCUCAGCCAAUCCGGAGUUUUUGAGGAACAAGCCGACAGAUUCAAAGCAAGUGGUGGACUACAAGGACUGGCAAAUAGCCCUAAGCCGGAGGUUCCGGGCCAUGAAACUAUGGCUUGUGCUUAGAAGCUAUGGCGUGGUUAACCUUAGAAACUUUCUUAGGAGCCAUGUCAAAAUGGCCAAGCUUUUUGAAGGGCUUGUAGCCAUGGACCAAAGGUUUGAGAUUGUGGUGCCUAGAAAUUUCUCCAUGGUUUGCUUUAGGGUUUCACCAUGGGUUGCAACAAGUAAGGGCGCUCCAACUUCAAAUAGUUUUCAUCAAAAUGGUAUUGACAUUAAUGUUGAAAAAUGUACAAAUGAAGUCAAUUGCAAGUUGCUGGAGGCCAUCAAUGCAUCGGGUCGUGUAUUCAUGACUCAUGCCAUGGUUGGAGGUAUGUACGUGAUACGGUGCGCAGUGGGUGUAACCCUAACAGAGGAAAAACACAUAGCCAUGGCCUGGAAAGUGGUGCAAGAGCAUGCAGAUGUCAUCCUCAAGAACCAUGGUGAUGAUGGUGAUGCAAAUUUGAAGCUUCCAUUGUUGGACAUGAUUGCAUGA